AUGGAAGAUUUACUUGGAAUUAUAUCUCUUCUUGAAGUACCAACUGCACUUUUGAAAUCAGAUGUUUUACAGGAGGUGUUGAUAAAAAUAAAGAAGAUAAACAUACAAACAGAGAGGACUGAUGACUAUUUGUUAUUGUAUGAUAAAUUAUUGCAGGCUUUGUGGGGUCACCUACAAUCAGAAUUAAGGGAAUUGGAUGAUCAAUUGCUUUGUUCAACAUGUUUUUAUAUAAUUCUUAGCAAUGUUGAAAAGCAGGAACACUUCCUAAAGUUAGUACUACAAAAUAUAAAUGAAGAGCUAAAUAAGAGGAAUGAACCAAAUAAAGAAAACAGUACAAUUAUGAGAACUAUAUCUAUUAUUUAUGGAAUGUUUCAGUCCUCUUUUCUUUCACAAAAAGACAAAGAAAAUGAAGCUGUUUUAGAAGACAUUUUGAAUUCUGUUUUUAAUUUGCUUAUUCAGAUGGCUUAUGAAUAUUCACAUUACACAUUUAUAACUUUUAAAAUUAUAGUUUUGCUUAAAAAAGUAUGUGGAACAAGUUUACAGGAUAUAGUAUUCACAAAACAAAAUCAGUUGAAAUUAUUGAAUGUGGUAAAUCACAAUUGGGAAAACCCUAUUAAUGGAAUACGGAACUUGAAUAGAUCUGUUUUUCAAACUAUUAUUUCGGUGAUGGAUGUUGAUAUUUAUGAAGAAAUUUUUAGAGAAAUUAAUUCCUUUUGCUGGAAUAAGGCUAAGUAUUUGAUGUUGUCUGAGAUUAUAGAGCAAUACACAGAUAAUGUAGUAAUACUAAUGAAAAGAUUCAAUUUAGUUGAUGGUCUGCUACACAGUUUACAUAAACCUGGAUUGGUGUCAGCUGGAGCUGAUAUGUAUUAUUCAUUACUGAAAAAAAUUAAUUCACAUGAAGAAUGGAGUGAGUUAUUUUUAAACAGCAUUAUACAAAUUUUAAAUUGCACAUCACAAAAAGCAAUUGAAAACUUGAAUAAUUACUGGUGUCUUACAACAUUAAAAAAAUUCCCAACAUUGAGUACUUUAAUAAUAAAUGAAUUACAAAAAUGUGAAAAUUUAGAAAAGAAAAUGUUUGGUACUUUAUGUUUAAUAAGGCAAAGUAAUAAGCUUAAUCUGAUUGUUAAAGAUUGGAGUCAAAUGACAGAUAUUGAACAGUUAGUAAUUUGUGGUAUAGAACAUUGCAAUCCGUAUAUAAGAAUGUCUGCCUUUGAUAUUGUUUGUGUUACACAUGGUAAUUCGUGGCCAAGCAAAAAGGAGUAUACAAUAGUUUUAAAUUUUUUAGCAGACAAUGUCAAUUCUGAUUGCACAGUGUUGAGACUUUUUAUGCUUAACAGCUUUAACAGUUUUCUAGAACGUUUGCAGGCAAUGUUCAUGAACAAUAGAAACAUGGACCAGAAUGUAGAUAACUUAGUUGCUUUUUGCACAAAGUUGCAAGAAUUUUUAAUAACUUCAUUAAAUUUAAAUGGAAAUUACCAACGUAAAAUUACAACCAUUAAAAUAGUUCUUACGAUUUUUAACUGUUUUACUGUAAUACCAAAAAAGAGACAAAAACAAAUGAAACAGACAAAUUAUACAUUAAUAAGACUUUUAACUGAUGGUAAUAAUUGCGUUCUUUUUAGUGAAAAAGUGGUUGAGAAUUUGAUAAGGCUUUUAAGUGAUCCUGCAGAUGAUAUAAGAGAAAAUGUAAUACAUUUAUUAUUACAUCAUUAUAAUAAAGAAUUGAAGAAACUAAUUAUUAUGAAUCAUAUUAUAAACACUGCAUUGUUAAACAUUAAAAGCAAAUUUUUCUAUGAAAUAAAUUGUGGACAAAGCAUGUUCAAGUUAAUAACUAAUGUCCUAUUAAAGGAACAUAAUUUAGAAAGUGUUUUGUUUAGAAACAUAGAUGAAAUUUUCAAUUUUGCUUACACUAUGCUAAAGACCGAAUAUAAGUUAAAUAGAGACAUUAUGGAAUCAAUUAAAGAAGGAAAACAGCUGCAUUCAAAUAUAUCUGUUUUAUGUGUUAUUUUUGAAGCAUGUCUCAAAGAUUCAUAUAAGUUGCAAAUUGAGAAAGAUACUAUAUGGACAUUACUAGAGAUUUUAGAAAGCACAUCGAGCCAAUUUGUUUGGGAAAAAGGUAUUACAACAAGUUCAGACUUUUCAAAAAUGAAUGACAUGGUUCAACAUAUAAUAGAAAAGUCAGGUUACACAACAAUUAAUAAUGAAGAUGAAACAAAGAUAACUGGUUUACAACAAAUUGUGUUAAAUUGUUUAUGGUUAAAUGUUAAGGCAUCUUGUCAACUGGCAUCAUUGAUUCUUAAAUAUCACAACAGUGAUAUGCAUCUGGCUAUUUGUGAAAAAUCCCUGCAUGUGAUUACAAAAGUUCUUGAAACAUCUCGCCAUAAAGGAGCGAUAGAGGCAGCUGGUGUGGCUCUUGGGGAAGCUAUACAAAACUUAACAUCUUUACCAUCGGAAUAUCAGCUUUCUGAAUUACCCUUAUCUUUAUUAAAACAAAAGCUAAAUGAAUUACUUUUGGAAGCAAACAAUAUGGCCUCUGUGACAAGAAGGGGUGCAGGUUUAUCUAUAAUGGUUCAUAGCAUUGUAAGCAAUGAUAAGAAAAAGAAUAAACCUUUAUUUCAUUAUUUUGUCAAUACUUUACUAGAAACUUGCAAGGUAAUACAGGAUGACUCAAUAUAUUUCGAAAAUAUUUCAAAUGUUAACAAUGAAAAAGAUUUACCAAAAGCAAUAUACAUUCAUUUUUUAACAAGGAUAGUCACAGACAGCAGUUUAACAACAGAAGUAAUGUACUAUUCAGCAAAAUUAGCUGAACUUGCAUUUGACAACCUUACAAGUUCACAUUGGCAAAUAAGAAAUGCAGCCCUGCAACUGUAUGGUGCUUUAAUCCCAAAACUAAUAGGCCAGAAGAAAGCUUCUGGUUCUGAAGACGAAGUUGCUGCCACUGUAGCAUGUGACGAGUUUCGGACACACUUUCCCCAACUAUGGAGAUUUAUAUUGGCUCAAUUAAAAGGCGAUCAAAAAAAGGAUGUAUUACAGUCACAUUCUAAUUUUCUGCCUAUAUUAAAUAUUCUAGGUAAUUUAGCAAUAAGGUACAACUUUUUCAAUAAUUUUGAAAAUGAAAUUGAUGCAGAUGGUUUAUUAAAUAGUCUUGUUGUGUUACUAGGAAGUCCUAUAUUCACUGUACGACGAAUUACUGCAAAUAGUAUUUUUAAUAUGUAUUCCUUUGAUAAUAUUUUUGAAAUAUUGGAAAAAGUUAAGCAAGUUAAUGAAAAUUAUCUUCAUGGUUAUCUUUUACUAUUGGUGAAAUGCUACAACCAUUACAAAAAUACUACAUACCAAAGCAAACUUGAUAUUUUAAAAAUUAAAUUUAGGACUAUAUUAGGCUCACAAAUGCAUUCUUAUCUAUGCAGGGAGUUAUUAGAGAAUAUAUGUAAUGAAACAUAUAACUUGGUAGAAAUUUUAUCGGAAAUUAAAAACCAUUCAAAUGAGCCUGGGAAAUUUCAAUGGGCUAACACACAUAUUCGUAAAUGUUUGCUUAAUUGCGAAUGGGCAGAAAUACCACACUGGUUGAGCUUAAUUUUGGAUAGCAGUGAAUAUGAAAAACAUUGUGAAAUAUUGUGUUCAAAAAUUGACUCUCAACGUGACGUUGAUAGUGUAGUAUUGAUCAAAAUAACCCAUAUCUUACUAGCAUUUCCAAAGAAAAUGUCAAGUAGUAUUAUUUGGGAGAUUCUUUAUAAAAUAUCCUUGAUAACUAACCUCGAUAAUAAUAUAGAUAUUAAAGACAUCACUAAAUAUUUAAAAGAUAAUAUAUCCUAUAAAUUAAGAUAUAUAAUUCCAUUUGUAGCUAGAAUAACAUUUGAGGAAGAUAUCUUAUUAGCACUGAGUAAAAUCAUUCAUAAAUUGUGUAACGCUGAAGAGUCAGACAUAGAAAUGAGAAUUAUUGCUGCUAAGGCAAAUAACGAAAUUGCUCAUAAAUUAAUGAAAUUACCUGAUGACAUAAAAACAGUUUCUAUUAUAACAGCGGUUAUUUUAUUGCAAGAUGAAAAUGAAGAUGUAAGAAAUUUGAGUGUAUAUUUUUACAAGAAUUUCUGUAAAACGUCGUCACUUGUACAUCCAUAUAUUUGUUUACGCAGUAUUUUAGACAGUGCAUUUUUAAGUACUUUUUUUUCUGAUCCCAGCCGUGGCAUAAAUUCUAUUUCUGAUGGUUUGUUAAAUUCAUUACAGUCUUUAACUUCGCACAACAUGGAUACAUUUAAUCCAUUUACAAAUGAAUCUAAAAAUAUUUAUCAAGAAGUUACUGUUAUACAAUACUUAAUUGCAAAUUUGAAGAAAGGUUCAUAA